AGAAUGAAAUACUUCAAUCUUUAUCUUGUGAUUUUCAUUUCAUUAUUGAACGCCGUUGACUUACAAUGUACUCACCUUGGUAGAGUGUAUGAACCAGAUGUCAGUUUCCCCAAGGGGGAUGCUUGUAAUGUCUGUAAGUGUGGUGAUUCAGGAAAUGUACGGUGUACUGAUAGAAGGUGCCACCAGUAUCCAAAAUGUCGUCACAAUGGGAAGAUGUAUGAUGCUGGAAGUCGAUUUCCCUCCAGGGAUGGAUGCAAUGAGUGCAUCUGCACUACCAUAGGAGUUCCCCAGUGCACAAUGUACAACUGCUAUCCUGAUUGUACCUACAAUGGACAGACGUACAAGAAGGGUGAUAUAUUCCCGAAAGGAGAUAAAUGUAACAACUACUGCACGUGUACUGUAAUAGGAAAAGUUCAAUGUGCAGAAGAUCUUUCUUGCUACCUUUCAUAGAUGCAACUAGUAGGAUUUCCGUUUAGUGAAGAAUGACUUAAAUGUUUGGCGCGGAAAUAAUCAAUAUGUUCCCAAUAUGUUGGGGGAUAUUUUUAAAAAAAUAAUCUGUAUUUCAUCAUUUCUAUGAAUCAUUGUAUCUUUUUAGCUUUAUUAUUUAUAAAAAAAUAUAUGUACUUUAA